GAUGCUAAGGUGAACAGAGCGCAUCUGGCCUCUGUCAGAAGUGACAGCUGUGUCGAGUUGACUCCCUCCCUUCACUAAACGGAGUCAGAGAGAUAUUAAAUAUGGGUCGGUGACAGGAGUCGAGACUGUUCGCUUGCAGGCCUCCAACUCUCCGGCUGCCUUUCUUUAUUAACAGCUUAAUUUAUACCUAUAUUACUAACGUUACUAUAUUUUUCCUUACGCGGUCCCAUAUGGAAUUCCAGAAACUUCCAGGGAAGCGGUGCUUUAUCCCAGUGGGCGCGACGAGCACUUAAUUUAUUAUUAUUACCUUGAAUUAAAACGCUGGGAAAGUGUUUAAUGUAUAUAAUUUUACCCGGCUAGCUUAACUAACGAGCUAACUAUAAGUUAACUAGUUAUAUUUUAGGUCUCGAGCCGCUGGCGUGUGCGCGCGCGUAGCCCUGGCAACGGCUCUCGCCAGUGGAUCUCGCCAGCGUUUUGUUUCGUUCAUUAUCUCCGCUUUUCUUUUUCUCUCUCCUCAUUUCUCUUAUUUUAUUGAUUAAUUUCUUUCGUUUCUUCCUUCUUUCUUUCGCUACUAACCAACCGACACUUGCUCUGGCUGUCAACAUGCGCUGCGGCCGCUGCUCACCUUCCUCCUUCAGCGACUCUCCGUGAGACACGCAGGGAGAAAACCAGCAGAAAGAGCCAGAGAUCUUCAGGAGCCCCCCGCGUGUGAAAAUGCCGGUCCGCCGCGGACACGUCGCCCUCCAGAACACCUACCUGGACACCAUUAUCCGUAAAUUCGACGGACAGAACCGUAAGUUCCUGAUUGCUAAUGCCCAGAUGAAGAACUGCGGGAUCAUCUACUGUAAUGAGGGCUUCUGCCAGAUGUUUGGCUUCUCGCGGGCCGAGAUCAUGCAGCAGCCGUGCACCUGUCAGUUCCUUGUGGGUCCGGGAACCAUGAAGAGCGCUUUGUCCCAACUGGCCCAGGCCCUGCUCGGCUCAGAGGAGCGCAAGGUGGAGAUCCUCUACUACUCUAAAGAAGGGACGUGUCGGCCGUGUUUGGUGGACGUCGUUCCAGUGAAGAAUGAAGAGGGCGUGGUCAUCAUGUUCAUCCUAAACUUCCAGGAGCUGCUGGAUCCUGCGCUGAAAAAGGGCUUCCGUCAGCGCGUCACGCAGAGCUGGAUACGCACAGCUCAGAAACGUAAGCUGCGAUUAAGAAUGCCCUCUCUGAGAGUCUCACGUCAACCCUCCUUCUCCAAAGAUCAGUUUGAGGGUGUCGUGGUGGACUACCUACAGCCCCCCAGUGAGGAUGUAGCAAUGAAAGACUUUCCCGUCCCAUCUAAAGACAAUUACCUGCAGUCUGAAACUCAGGCUCUGAUCCAGCAGGAGCGUUCAGCACCGGUCUUCUCCCCCACCCCCUCUGGCCUGGACCCUGGCGGACCCCCACUGAUCCGAAGCCGCUCCCAAGAGAGUGUCUGCAGCCUCCGCAGAGCCUCCUCACUGCACGACAUAGACGGCAUGAGGGACCAGUGGAGCGAUCUCAAGACCAAUAAUCUGAACUCCACCUCGGAUUCGGAUCUGAUGCGACAUCGCGCAAUUGGGCGGAUUCCGCAGGUUACACUGUCUUUUGGCUCGGAUCGACUGAGACCACCCUCCCCUACCGAGAUCGAGAUAAUCGCCCCCAGCAAGAUCAAGGACCGCACUCAGAACGUCUCUGAGAAGGUCACUCAGGUCACCCAGGUGCUGUCUCUGGGAGCCGACGUGCUUCCCGAGUACAAGCUCCAGGCCCCGCGCAUUCACAAGUGGACCAUCCUGCACUACAGCCCGUUUAAGGCGGUGUGGGACUGGGUGAUCCUGCUGCUGGUGCUCUACACAGCCGUCUUCACGCCCUACAGCGCCGCCUUCCUGCUCAACGAGCAAGAGGAGGAGAGCCGGCGCACCUGCGGCUACACCUGCAACCCGCUCAACGUGGUGGACCUGGUGGUGGACGUCAUGUUCAUCAUCGACAUCAUCAUCAACUUCCGCACCACCUACGUCAACCACAACGACGAGGUGGUGAGCCACCCUGGCCGGAUAGCACAGCACUACUUCAAGGGCUGGUUCCUCAUCGACAUUGUGGCGGCCAUUCCCUUCGACCUGCUCAUCUUCAGAUCAGGAUCGGACGAGCCUCAGACCACCACUCUGAUUGGCCUGCUGAAGACUGCCCGGCUGUUGAGGUUGGUGCGUGUGGCGCGGAAGCUGGACCGUUACUCUGAGUACGGAGCAGCCGUCCUCUUCCUCCUCAUGUGCACCUUCGCCCUCAUCGCCCACUGGUUGGCCUGCAUCUGGUACGCCAUCGGCAACGUGGAGCGCACCGGCUCGGCCCGCAUCGGCGGCAUGAAGAUCGGCUGGCUGGACAACCUGGCUGACCAGAUCGGCAAGCAGUACAACGACAGUGACAUCAGCUCAGGACCCUCCAUCAAGGACAAAUACGUCACUGCUCUGUACUUCACCUUCAGCAGCCUGACGAGCGUCGGCUUUGGCAACGUCUCCCCUAACACCAACCCUGAGAAGAUCUUCUCUAUCUGCGUCAUGCUCAUCGGCUCCUUAAUGUAUGCCAGUAUCUUCGGGAAUGUGUCAGCUAUAAUCCAGCGCUUGUACUCCGGCACGGCUCGCUAUCACACGCAGAUGCUGAGGGUAAAGGAGUUCAUCCGAUUCCACCAGAUCCCUGGAGGCCUGCGGCAGAGACUGGAGGAGUAUUUCCAGCACGCCUGGUCUUACACCAAUGGUAUCGACAUGAACGCAGUACUGAAGGGUUUUCCCGAGUGUCUGCAGGCUGAUAUCUGUCUGCAUUUGAACCGCAGUCUGUUGCAGAACUGCAAAGCAUUCCGAGGGGCCAGUAAAGGAUGUUUACGGGCUCUGGCCAUGCGCUUUAAAACCACCCAUGCCCCACCUGGAGACACCCUAGUGCACAACGGAGACGUACUGACUGCCCUCUACUUCAUCUCCCGCGGCUCCAUCGAGAUCCUCCGAGACGAUGUUGUGGUGGCCAUUUUGGGUAAGAAUGAUAUCUUCGGUGAACCCAUCAGUCUGUACGGGAGGCCUGGGAAGUCGAGUGCAGAUGUACGAGCCCUGACAUACUGUGACCUGCACAAGAUCCUGCGGGAUGACCUACUGGAGGUGCUGGACAUGUACCCGGACUUCUCUGACAGCUUUUGGACCAACCUGGAGAUUACCUUCAACCUCCGAGAUGCAGACAGAAUUAUGCAGCCAACCCCCAGUGAGGAGUCAGAUUGCGGUUUCCGUCGGGCCAGACGCAGACGAAACUCUCUCCGGCGUAACCGACCAGAUGGGAUGGACAGGGAAGAUGCCUAUCCAGAUCAAUCUUGUGCUCCUAUGGGGAAUCACAGGGGGGCGCUGUCACGCUCUCAGUGGGAUGAGCUGUGCAGCAGUCCCAGUGCCGGCUCCCUGUCCAGCGAAGACGAAGUGAAACCUCCAGGGCCUGGCCGGGGAGACCUCUACUCUACAGAAAUGCGGGACUACCCACCAACCGUGGUUAGCCUCCUGCCCCCCAACAACUCCCCAGCAGGCAUGGGGGGGCCCCUGGAGAGGGGGGCACAUCCAUACUCAGGGUCUCUGAAUGUGUACGGCUACUGGCCCGAGCGCAGGCCAAGUCAGUAUUCCGAGAGUCCGAGGCGCUCGUCGUCUGCCCGCGUCUGCCACCAUCACCGCAGUGUGUGUUUGGAGGAGAGGCCCAGCGAGCUGCAGGCGCGCCUCGAGCUGCUGCAGUCCCAGCUCAACAGGCUGGAGACACGGAUGACCGCUGACAUUAACGUGAUCCUGCAGUUGCUUCAGAGGCAGAUGGCUCCAGUACCCCCAGCCUACAGCACCGUGUCUACACCUGCCCACCCACCUCCUCCCUCCACCCUGUAUGGGACAGUGGGUCCGGUCCUGCACAGCCCGGUGCCCAUCCCUCCUACUGUACAAAUUAAUGAUGGCCUCCCCUCACCUACCAAAAGCCCAGACUCCGACAACCUCAACCACAAGUCCUGUGAGUCUUUGUCCAGCGGUGUUCACCUGACCGUAGCCUCGGACGACACCAUGUCCAUGUCCCCAGAGACUGAGCCAGCGCCCCCUGGGGCUCUGAGCAUCCCUACACAUCUUCAGCCCCAAGCCCAGGCCCAAACCCAAGCCAAAGCUGAAGCCCAGGCCAAGGCUCAUGCCGCUGGGCCACUGUGUGGCAGCCUGCGGUUCCCAUCUCUCCCCGAACACCUGGAAAACCCCAGCACCUCUCGGGACACGGCGGCAGCGGAGAUCCAGCGGCACCUGUCUGACCCCAUUCUCCCGGGCAGCUAGAGCCUGCGGUGGGCUCUCCGCCUACUGUUGUUAUUUCACCUCCACGGGCCCUCCACACCUGGGACACUCAUGUGGGGACCCACUGUCACACACUCUACAGCAGCCUGGUGCUGAUCAUAGAACACUUCACACUCCUCUGCAUGAGCCUUCCUCACGUUUCUCUCCAACAUCAUCUGCAGUACCGUGAGCUUUAAUUAAUCACUAAUAAAGCUGCUAAUGAUGGACACGGGGAAGUCCUCAUCGAGCUGAGAGAAGAGUCGGCACAUGGUCACUGACAAAUGCACAUACGCUCUCAGAUCUUCUCAAGUUGCUUCUCAAGCUGCACCCAGAACAAAGCACAAAUUUAAACACUGAACAAACUUGACUCUCUGAAAGGAAAGAUGUUGCCAAAGGUGUUAUUUAUUAGUGCACAACCUUCACUUGUAGAUCCAUCCAUGCUGGAACACUCCCCUUUAGGAUGUCCAGUCGACAGAACACAGCUCUUUUUAGAUGUAAUACCCUGUAGGGGUCUGCGUUUCAUUCUAAGUCGGAUGGUUUGAUGUAUUGCAUUCUAAAAAAAUGGUUUUAUACAAGACUGCAGUUUUUGGAUUCUCGACUCUCGAAGUUUUUCCAUUCAAAUUUCACGUCAGCAGUGCUGCACUGUGUAAAUAUUAAAACCACUGACAUUGACAAAAGCCAAAUCAGGCAGGUUUUGUGGGGGUUUCCUAUUAUGCAGUGGUCAAGACCUACCAAAACAGGUGAACCUGUGACAGAGCUAUCGGUGCUUAAGGCUCAUUGAUGCUCAUAAAGGCCCCACAAAGGCUAACAAAGGCCUCACAACUCUAAUGUGCUCUGUGCUAAUGUCCACAGAGCAGAGACCAUAGAGCAACUUCAGAGGGCUUGCGGAGUCCAUGCCUCAACAAGUCAAGCGCUGUGAGUAUGAUCGGGAGAUCGCUGGUUUGAAUCCUGGUCAUGUAGCUUGCCAUCAAGAGUGUAACUCUUCUCCUUAGAACAGAGUUACAAGGGGAAAGAGUGAAAUCCUCCUUCUAAGAUACAAAUAUAGCUAAAGAAGUGGAAGGCUAAAGUUUAGCAACCUAGCUGUCGGUUAACUAGUUAAGUUUAGGGCAUUGUAUGUCUUCAAAAAGAGGGUAGGUGUUGCAGCAAUUAAUUACUAUUGUUCAUUCCUUAAGAAAUCUCUGAUGGGGAGCUGAACGUAGCUUUCAUUAUCAUUUGUUUUAUUUUUGAUUCCACUUUAAAUGAUGCAUCUUCUGCCAUCUAUGGCACAAUUUAAGGUGAAACAGGAAAGUUUAUGCUUAAAAAUGGUCAUAAAACAUUGAAACUAUGCUAAAGUAGUAGCAAAAUAGAGGGGUAGGGCUAAGUGGUAGGGCCCAGGCAUGAAAUGGAUUUGGGCCUAAGUAAACUCAGUGGUGCAUUUUCCAAAGGGUUGUUUUCCAAUGUCAUAGUAGACCUUUUUAAAGUUUUUUUUUUCCAAAUGCAGACUGCUAUAUUUUAUUAAAGGGAACACACUGUAUAUACAAGAAGAGACUGAACAUUUUUCAGUUCCAAUUUGCCAAACAUGCAGGUCUUUUCCCGGCCACCUUUGUGUGGAUGGGAGGAAGAGCCAAUUUGUUUUCCACAGCAGCAGCAGAUGUCGCCAUAAAUCCAUCUGAGAGAGAAAAAGCCACCAGGGAGCUUGGAGUCAAAGUUGCGCAGCAUAUUUACUGAACAUUUUUCAAAAGCUUUGGGGAAUUUUGUGCCAUAUCUCUCCUCAAAACUAGAGAGGAGAAGAUCUGCUGAUGAAACAUCUACCAUUCUCUACGUUCCUCCACAAUCCCUUCACGUCUUUUCAGUAGCAUCCCUGUUCAUAAAACCCAUUUUUCUAUCUGUAUGAAGCUUGACGUGUCUCAGAAGUGGCACAGCUUCACGGUUAUCAAAGGAAAAACGUUUGAGAGAUUUUGCUUUUGCAAAAGAAUAUCUGGUAACAGUAGACCCUCUGUGCUCCGGCUUCUUCUCUCUGGAUUGCUGGGCUUCGAGGAAUCGUUCCUGAGAAGCAGCACCUUCACCGAGCAAAAUACAUUUUUGUUCCUUGUUUUUGAGUCUAACUGGGAUGUUUUGGACCUGUUAAAGCUAUUCUGACCAGAACUUGCUAUAAUAAGAAAAUAUCCUGGGCAUUAUCUAACUGUGUGUCAUGUUAUUGAGCUGUUACUCAGCGACAGAAAUGUAUUUGCAGUGUAUAGAGUUUUUAAUUUUUCAACGAUGUGAAAUAUUUUAUGAAUGAUGAAGCAUUCGGUUCACAUUGGAAGCAGUGGAUUAGAGAUGACUUCGUCAGGUACCAGGAGAAAAGCUAUGUGAUUCAGUACAUCGUGUGGAUUUAAAGUGGGGAAUGGUGGAGCAUUGGGAGAUGCUAGGGUCCUAAAACACCAAGCCGACAAAAAUUGAUGAGCAUCUGUGGAUAAGCAUUGCAUAAAGUUUGGGCACCCCUGAUCAUUUUUAUGAUUUUCCUUUAUAAAUCACUGGUUGUUUGGAUCAGCAAUUUCAGUUAAAUAUAUCAUAAAGCAGGCGAACACAGUGAUAUUUAAGAAGUAAAAUUAAGUUUAAAGGAUUUACAGAAAGUGUGCAAUAAAUAUUUAAACUAAAUUAGGCAGGUGCAUAUAUUUGGGCACCAAACAGAAAAAUUACAUCAAGAUAUAGUAGAUACCUUCUUUUGCAGAAAUAACAGCCUCUAAAUGCUUCCUAUAGCUUCUGGUUGAAGGUAUUUCAGAACAUUCUUCUUUACAAAAAAAAUUCCAGUUCCAUGAUGGCCAUUCCAGAAUGUUGUACUUGUUCCUCUGCAUGCAUGCUUUAGUAGAUUUUGAGCAGAGUUUAGUGUUUAGGGUCGUUGUCUUGUUGAAGUUUCAAUCUUCUCACUGAUUCUUGAUUGUUCUUAAAAAUAUGCUGAUAUUGACUAAAAUCCAUGCAACUCUCAACUUUAACAAGAUUCCCAGUACCUGCACUGACCACACAGCCCCACAGCAUGAUGGAAUCAAAUUUUACUGUGGGUAGCAAGUGUUUUUCUUGGAAUUCUGUGUUUUCCUCCAUUCAUACCAUACUCCAAAGGACUCACUUUUAGUUUCAUCAGUCCACAGCACCUUAUUCCAAAAUUAAGCUGGCUUGUCCACAUGUGCUUUAGCUUUAGCAUACCUCAAGCGACUCUGUUUGUGGCAUGUGCUCAGGAAAUGCUUCUUCUGCCUUACUCUCCCAUACAUCCUCUUCUUGUACAAAGUGUGCUGAAUAGCUGAACGAUACACAGUGACUCCAUCUGCAGCAAGAUGAUUUUGUUGGUCUUUGGAGCUGAUCUGUGGGCUGACUAUGACUGUUCUCUUGACUAGAACUGUCCCUGUGGUUCUUCCAUUUCCUCACCAUGUUUCUCACAGUGGAAACUAACAGCUAAAAUCUCUGAGAUAGAUUUUUGUAUCCUUCCCCUGAACCAUGAUGUUGAACAAUCUUUGUUUUCAGGUUAUUUGAGAGUUGUGUUUUGAGGCUCCCAUGUUGCCACUUUUAGGAGAAGAUGCAAAGAGGAGAAAAACUUGUAAUUGGCUCCUUAACCCUUUCUCAUAAUUGAAUUCACCUGUAUAUGUAGGUAAAAUGUCAAUGAGCUUACCAAACAAAUUUUGUUUCAAUAAUUAGUGCUAAAAGUAUUCAAAGGGUGCCCAAAUUUAUGCACCUGCUUAAUUUUUAAAAAUAAUUAUUGCACACUUACUGUAAACUAACUGAAAUGUAAACUUAAUUUCACAUUUCAAAUAUCACGGUGUUCAUUUGCUAUAUGAUAUGAUUAACUGAAAUUACUGAUAUAAACAAACCAAUAUUUUUUAAAGGACAAUCAUGAACAUUUUUUGGGGUGCCCAAACUUUUUCAUACCACUGUAUAUUGCAAUAUUAUAUAAAAAAAAAAGUUUUGACCGUAUGUUACCAAAAGUCCCCAAAAAUCAUGCUGUAUAUUAUUAUUAAUGCCCAAUUAAUGUCCACAAUUGUAGUAAAAUAAUAACAAUCGUGCAACUUUGUUCUUUUGUAUCAAGCAGCAAAAAUACUGUAGCAUGAUGUUUGUUUUUAUUGCCUUAUGUGACACUGUACUUCCUGCAAUGCAAUUAUGCUAACUCAAUAUUCGCUUUAUUCGCUCACCAAUGCAGCCUCAAAAAAUUGGUCGCUCUCAGGAGCUUAGCAAACUUCAGCAUGGUACCAUGAUAGGAUGCUGCACCUGUGCAACAAGCCUAGUCAUAAAAUUUUCUCACUUCUAAAUAUUCCACAGUCAAAUGUCAGUGACAUUAUAACAAAAGGAAGCGACUGGGAAUGAAAGCAACUUGCUCUGUCAACGUAAAAAAAAAGACGUAAGACGUAAAAAAACAGAGGUCUCCCAACUUUAUGCAGAGAGAGUCACUACAGACCUCCAGACUUGUGUUCUUCAGAUUAGCUAAAGAACAGUUUGUGAAGAGCAGCCUUACAUCAUCGGCGAACAGAGACUUUAGGCAAUAUAGUGUAUUUAACGUAAGCUCUGAAGGUGUUCAGGCUUAUAAUAUACUGUACAUGAAGCCAUAAUAAAGAAUGAUAUUUGCAUCCAUUAUUUAAGUAUCCUUAAAACUGGAUUUGAUAACGAGUGGGCAUUUGGGUAACAGUACAUUAACUAACCGAACACAAGCUAAAACAAUAACACAGUAGCACAACGAUGUAGCAGCUCACAAAGGAACACAUUUAAAAGGUUUUUAUUAAUGAAGAGACACUGUUAAAUGCAGGAUUAUGUAGCAGGUUUAUUAACUUCAGAAUCAGCUUGAUGUUUCAGGGGAAAAAUACCUCUGUCUCUGUCUUAUACUUGAGAUGAUGCUUCUGAAUACAUCAGCUUAUCAAAAAAUAUGCAUGUACAGCUGUCCACUCUCCAACAGUAGGGGGAGCCAGGGAGCACAAAAUGUAAAUUCUCACAUAAUGUUACUUUGAGCCAAGUGUAAUAUUCAUAUUAUUUUUAUUUUAAACCUUGUAAUAACUAUAGCAAUAAUAAGAUACACCUACAAAUGAAUAAAACCGACUCUCUCAGUUGAAAGUGACAAAUUAGAAUAGGCAUUGUAUUGUAUAUUUUGGAUUUGGAAUCUGAAGGUGUGGAUUUAAAUAGCUUUAAAUUCAGCUGCUUCUUCAGUGUCUGCUUGGUGUUUUAGGGCCCUUAAUGCUGUUUAUUUAAUGAAGUGGAUAUUUUAAAGCCGUCUUCUCUGCUGGAUUGAUCGUGUGUGUUUAGGAGUGUGUGUGUAUGAGACAGUGGGAUAUGUCAGACAUGCUACAUCAUCAUUAUAAACUGUCACUGUUUUUGAAACGUGAUUAGUGUGUGUGUGUGUGCGCGCACGCGUGAGAGAGAAAGCGCAAGAGAGAAAGAGAAGCUGCUGAAAUGUUUUUCUCUAUAGAGUUCCUGGUUCGUGUGGAUCAGUCUAUGCUGCUCGUGCAGAGUGGGCGUAGCCAUGUGAUGGAGGUGAAUGAGUGUUUAAUUCAACUGAAAACCUUAUUGGACUGUUAAGGUUUCCAAAAGCACAACAAGCUUUUACUGGUAUAACUGUUUCUGAUUUUUUUUUUUUUUUAGAAUAAAGAUUAUUUAUAACACACUA